GCCGCCGCUCCGCCCCGGGGCCCGGAUGGAGCCGGCCACGCCAGCGCGCAAGCACCGCCCGCCGCGGCCCUGGCAUGGCACCGUCCGCAGCACGGCUGGCGCGGCUCUCCCGCACCGUGUCCUUCAGCGCCUGCCAUCGGCUGCACAGUAAAUCACUGAGUGAUGAAGAAAACCUAAAGCUGUUUGGGAAAUGCAACAAUCCGAAUGGUCAUGGACACAACUAUAAAGUUAUAGUCACGGUGCGUGGAGAGAUUGACCCAGUCUCAGGAAUGGUUUUAAACCUGACAGAACUGAAAGAAUAUAUGCAGGAGGCAAUCAUGAAACCUCUUGACCACAAAAACUUGGAUAAGGAUGUGCCGUACUUUGCUGAGGUUGUGAGCACCACGGAGAACGUUGCGGUAUUCAUCUGGGAAAACCUCAAGAAGCUGCUGCCCAUGGGAACUCUUUAUAAAGUUAAAGUGUAUGAAACGGACCAGAACAUUGUUGUUUAUAAAGGAGAAGAAACAAUCUCUGAGAAGUGAAAUGACAUUAAGUUCAAUUGAUCAGAAACUCUGCCGCAUAAUCAGAUCAGUGGAUUGCUUCAACCCUGCUCACUGUAUUUCCUCCACCUAGACAUUGGUUAUGUAUUACAUAAGGACAAAUGCAGAUGUUUCACAAGAAUUCUGCAGCAAUCUAGCAGUUCGGAUUCUCAGAAUUGGUUGUUUUGUCUGCUUUUUCUCAAGACAUUCCUGUUUUGCAAACCCAAACCACCAAACUGGUGUGAAAUUUACAAUGAUGCCAUGUUAAAUAAAGCAGCUUUCUAGGGAGGAGACUGCCUGGCACAAUGUAUGUCCUGUCCAGUCACAAAAGGCUUUGAUUUUUCUCUAAUUAAACAUUGGAUUCAUUUAUGAUUUCUAAUAACCUAGGCUUUGGUGUUGUUUUGUUUCUUGAUCAAAUAGAGAAACAUUCUUGAGAAUGAGAACUACAGGAUUCUCUUCUUUUUUUUCUUUUUUUUUUCGUUUUUUUUUUUUCCUUUUUUUUUUUUUCUUUGCUACAAGUUCAUUUCUUCCUGUGGCUAGCAGGUCUUUCUCCGUAUAAGGAACUGGUAUAAUGAGUAAUAUAGUUGUUUACAAAGCAAUUACCAAUCCAAACUGCAGAGCUAAAGAGAACAGUAUGUUGUUGAAAAGCAGCAUGGAAAGCUGAGGACACUGCGAAGCUGGAACAUCACAGCCCCACUGGUGUCAAGAGUGCCCUGAUGCAUGGGUGAAAGUGGAAGUAGGUGAGAACAAACCCCUAAAUACUGGUUAUCCAACUGGUGUCCCAAAGAUGCCACUCUUGUGAAGUUUUGCCGAGAGAACGCUUUUCAUCUUAGAAAAUUCUAGCUGAUUUUGUCUCAUUGUAUGCAAGUACUCUUUUAGAUACCCUGUGGUGCUAUGUCAGCUCAGGGCAAGUACAGACAUGUAGACAUAAUCCUCACCUUGCUGAGGAGUCAUCCCUGCUACAGGAGACUUUUCAUUCUGCAUCAGAUCAUGGGCAGCUGAAAUAGUAAGGGAGGACCUGUGAUACCUUGAGUCCAUAUCCACUGAAGCUCCCCGAAAGCUUGUUGGCACAAGCAGCCAGAUCAAGUAUGUUUUACUUAGGGAAGUUUUUGUGUUCUGUAGGAGCAGGAUUAAACUCUCCUUUCAUCCUU